AUGAAGGAGGACAAUAACGUCCCAUGGAUUGCAGUCAUUGAUUGGCUGAAGAGGAUCUUCCCAGCUCACCGCCCCAUAUGCAACAGCAUCGAAGUGGAACGGGAACAUCUUUUGAAAAUGAAAGACUUUUCCGAACAGGCCAAAUCUAUCGAAGUGACGAACGAUGGGAAAAUUGUGAACUCGGGGGCGCCCUACCUGCACAAGGUAGCUCACCUGGACAUGCAGCUGUACCGCGACUUCUACGCCGUGUGGGUCUCCCUCAUGGCGUGCAACAGCGUGAUGCUCGUUCUGGGCGUGCCCCUCAACAGCCUGGCUCUGUACAUCUUCUGGCCACCGCCGCUCGCAGUCGGCAGCAUCAGUAUUGACCGCUACCUGGCUGUGGUGCACGCCUCAAGCACGCAGCAUCCGUGGCGGAGCGCAGGUGCGGCCGGGUGCGUCAGUGUGGCCGUCUGAACUCCAGCGGUGGUGGUCACCUACUCUUUCCAGACCAAUGCACUAGAGCUGAGCACCUCCUGCGCCCUCCUUCCUGCCCUCCUCAUCCUGGAGUUCCUCCUCACGCUCCUCUUCCGGCGGGGUUUGAUGGCCCACCAGCACAGACGAGGGAGAAGGGCACGCGCCGUCAGGCUGCUGACCGCCGUCCUCCUCAUCUUCACCGUCUGCUUCACGCCCUUCCACGUCCGCCAGGUGCUGGUGUACUUCGGCGUCCACACGGGAGCGGGGGGGCACCCCGGCACGGGUGACGUGCUGGCUUACCAUGUCACCGUGACACUGAGCAGCCUGAUCAGCUGCCUGGAUCAGGUGGUUUACUGCCUGAUGACAGACAGCUUCAAGAGGGUGUGGAGCAGGGGUGCUCACACUUUUUCAGCAGGCGAGCUACUUUUAAAAUGACCGAGUCAAAAUGAUCUACCCACUACAAAAAUGCAAAACAUCUAUUUAUUUUCAAAUGCAUUGAGGAUUAUUUGUACGUACAAUGUAUGUUGAUGUACCUUACAUAACCAAAUGAGCCAAUAUUGCAAAACACAUAAUUAACUAUUAAAAUGUUUUGUAAUUACCUGAGUUUACUUUGAUGACUUGCACUGAAUUGAACCAGCCAGGGAUGCAUAGUCCGGACAGUAGCUGCUGAUAGCCAGCCUCAAGCACACUUCCAAAUGUUUAUCAGUCAUGGAUAAUAUCCGUAUCACAAUAUCCGUAUAAUAUUCCAUAUCCGUAUGGAAGUGAUAUGUUUUUUGCCUUUUUACUUGGUCCAGUUUUUGCCUUUUUACUUGGUCCAGCUCCUUCACUCAUUUUAGUGACCAUAAACUUUAGCGAGGGCUUUAAAAUCUCGCAAUUCGCCGACUAGCUUAGCACUUUGCAUCGUUGUUUAAGCAUGAGCGGUGACCUAAAGGUCAAAAUUCAGUUGUCAUCUGAUUGGUUGUCCUGUAUGUCAAUCAAGUA